GCGGACGUAACGGAAGUUUAGACGGUUGCUCUGGGUGAACGAAGGGAGCACUGACAGCAUCGCAUCAAACAACAAUUAUUCUCUCCCCCUAAAUUAACCCAGUUUCCCCUUUCCCUCACACAUGGCGUCCAAUUCUAAUAUAGAUAUUGAGGGUGCGACUCAGCAUCUCCGGGACAUUCUGAAGCUCGACCGUCCCGGGAACAGCACCGCGCUGUCAAAAAAACACCAUGCCCCAUCAAGUGAUGGUCCAAGAAUGCCAACUUUUAAUGGAGAGCUGAAUGGCUUAUUGGGAGCAGCAGGCCUGCUGGGAGGCACUGAUCGGUCAUCCAUGUCAGAUUCUACCAGACCCAUCUCCACAGACCUCAGUAGUGCUCAGGAGUGUCAGAUAAUCUGCCUUUCUGGUGAUGACGGCUCCACCAGUAUCCCCAUCACCUCUAACAACGUGGAGAUUGUAGCGAGUCAGGAUUCCAGCAUCAACAGCAAAGCUCGUGGCAGCAACAAGGUUAAGAUUCAACCUGUUGCCAAGUAUGAUUGGGAACACAAGUAUUACUAUGGCAGACUAAUAGCUGUGUCCAACUCCUUCCUGGCCUACGCCAUCAGAGGAGCAAACAACCACGCAAUGAUUCGCGUCCUGAGCGUGAGUUUUGCUGAACGCUCGCUACUGAAGGGCUUCACCGGAGCCGUCACAGAUCUGGCGUUUGCCCACCUCGACUCCUCCCUGCUGGGUUGUGUUGAUGAAGCGGGUAACCUGAUGGUCUGGCAGCUCACCUGCACUGGAAGCAAGAUACUUGAUCAGGUGGUGGUUCAUGUCCGACGCCCAGAAGACUCUCCACUGAACUCGCACCGUCGCCUCAUCUGGUGCCCGUUCAUCCAGGAUGACAAUGAAGAGAAUCAGGAUGACACCAGCCAGACCUUAGCUCUUCUACAUGAAGACAUGGCGGAGGUGUGGGACCUGGAAGUCUUGAGAGCCAACAACAGCAGCUGGCCCGUCAAUGCUACAGACCUAAAAGAGGGCGUCAUCACAGUCAAGGGACACACCCAGCGAGUCAGUGAAGGGGCCCUUUCUCCAGAUGGGACGGUGUUAGCCACAGCCAGCCAUGAUGGCUACAUUAAGUUCUGGCAGAUAUACAUAGAAGGGGUACAGGACAAGCCAAGAUGUCUUCAUGAGUUGCGGCCUCACGGGGGACGUCCUCUCUCCUGCCUUCUUUUCUGUGACAACCACAAAAGACAGGACCCCGAGGUUCCUUUCUGGCGGUUUCUGAUAACUGGAGCCGAUCAGAACCAGGAGUUGAAAGUGUGGUGCACUGUUUCCUGGACCUGUUUACAGACCAUCAGGUUUUCUCCAGAUAUGUUCAACUCAUCAGUUCUGCCGAGCCUGAAGGCCAGUCUGGACCUGUCGUCAGAGUAUCUCAUCCUCACAGACGUGCAGAGGAAGGUCCUGUAUGUGAUGGAGCUGCGGCAGGACCUGGAGAAAGGCAAGGCCAGUUUCACAGCGGUGUCAGAGUUCCUGCUGACCCACCCCGUGCUCAGCUUCGGGGUCCGGGAUGUCGCCCACAGCCGAUUGCGACACACUGAGGUCCUCCCUGCAGAGGAGGAGACUGAGAGUAUGACAACAGAGGGAUCUCAAGGACCGACAGAGUCCAAGUCUGGGAUCCAAAUUAAACUCUACUGUGUUCACACUAAGAGUCUGCAGGAUGUCCAGAUCUGGUUUCAGCCCAAAUUGGGUUCCAGCUCUGCAGUCUUCCUGCCGCAUUCUGAUUCCCAGGAUGGUUUUGCAGGGUUUUCAGAUCAUCUCACUGACCAGAGCUCUGACAAGGAAUCAGGAAGUGGCUCCCAGACCGACCUAAGGAAAAUCCCGUCGCUUCCUGCUCCCACUGACUUCCUGUCAAACUCGGGCGCCAGCAGCGGGACCAAGCUGAUGACUCCAGACGCCUUCAUGACACCGAGCGCUUCGGUACCAGCCUCUCCUGGCAGCAGUGCCAGCAGUCUGACCAUUGUGACGGCUAUCAGCAGCAACUCUGACUCAACUAACAGAGCUAUGGAAGAUGUCAGUCAGAGUCCUAACAGAGCAGAGAACAACAACAGCAGCAGUAGUCUGGCUCUGUCCACCUCCACCAGCAGCCCCAGAGCUGCUUCUGCUGUGCUGCUGCCAGGACUGGAGAACCUACAAGCUUUAGCGUCCCCCAGUGCUCCCCUUGCCCUGGACAGCCCUCUGGUUCUGGAUUCUCCCCUCCUGCCUCCUCUGGCCUCUCCGACCAGGGCGCGCUCCCCUGACGUCAUCUCCUCAGCCUCCACAGCCAUGUCCCAGGACAUGCCAGAGAUCGCAUCGCAGACCCUGCAUCUUCAGUGUGGACUGGUGCCCAGCUUGGAACCAUUACCUCUUCCUGCUCUUCAGACAGACAGCAUGGCGUCUGCUGCAUCGGCCCUGCACCUGCUCACCUCACCACGCACAGCCAACAACAACGGUUUGUUGCCCCUUGAACUGGGAGGUGCUGACGGGCCAGUGGGUGGGGCAGUGGAGUCAGAACCAAGACUCAGCAACACCCCCUCUCUGCUGGAGAACGCAUUAUCACAGGAGAACCCCGGGGUUGGUGGAGGCUCAGAUGGUAAUGUUAGCCACACACCUUGGCCAGCUGCACCUGACAUCACCAGAGAAACCAGGAACAGUCUCCGGGACAACGGCCUUGGGGACUGUUCAAGAGAGGAGUCCAACGACAGACGUUUGAGCUCACCUUUCCAUCGACGCUCCUAUCACCUCACACCAAAUGACAGUCAGGACGCUGGUGCAGAGCAGAGUGACCCUGAUGAUGAGGUGGCCAGCCUGGCAUCCUCCUCAGGAAACUGUCGCUCUCGUUCUUCUCACAGACUACCAGUUAAGGACUGGAAGACCUCACCACGAGGGUCGCCAAAAGUAAAGAGGAAGAUGAAGAAAGAUGACAGUGAAUCGUCUCAGUCCAGGCAAAUGGACUCUGGUCAGAUGAGUGCAGAAGUACAGGAUGAGUUGUUGAUGCUCCUGCGCAGCCAGCAGAGGGAGUUAACUGAACUGCGUGGACAGAUCGAAGCCAUGCAGAGCACCAUAAUGACCCAAGUAGAUCAAGUCCUCACCAACCACCAGGAACAAGAACAGCGCAGACUGGAGCGAGUACUGGCAGAGAGUCAGAAUCAUCAGCAGCAGCUUCAGGAACAACUCGGCCAGCAGCUGAGCCACACUCUCAGCUCGGUGCUCACCAACAGAAUGGACAAGGUGAUUCGAGAAGAAAUGAAGAAAACAGUCCCACAAACAAUCUCCAAGAGUCUGGAGCCAGUAACAGGUCAGCUGAACAAUACAAUUGCUGCUAAGCUGACUGCUGUGGAGGUCACACUGAAGGACAAUGUCAGCAAAGUGGUCAAAUCUAAGAACACAACUGAUGCGAUUGGCCGAGCAGCAGCCGAAGCGAUGCAGGGGCCCAUCCAGGCCGCCUAUAAAGACGCCUUCCAGAGCAUCGUGCUGCCGGUUUUUGAAAGAGGCUGCCAGUCCAUGUUCCAGCAGAUCAACGACAGCUUCAAACAAGGCACACAAGAAUACAUCCAGCAGCUUGAGACCCAUAUGAAGAACAGGAAGCAGAGAGAGCAGGAGGCUAGAGACCCCAUGAUUGGCCAGCUCCAGCAGAUGAUCGACAGCUUCCAAAGCUCUAACGAUCAGCUGGCCAAUAACAUCACAGCAAACGUCCGGGCAGAUGUCCAGCACCAGAUCCAGAUGAUGGUGGGAAAUUUGCAGGAGUCUAUUCUUAGCCACGUGCAGCGAAUUGUGAAAGGGGAGGUGAGCCUGGCGAUGAAGGAGCAGCAGGCAGUGGUCACCUCCAGCAUCAUGCAGGCGAUGAGGUCAGCGGCCGGCACGCCCGUCCCCACAGCACACCUCGACUACCAGACACAGCAGGCCAACAUCCUGCAGCUCCUCCAGCAGGGACAGCUCAACCAGGCUUUCCAGCAGGCUCUGUCAGCGACAGAUCUGAACCUGGUGCUGUAUGUGUGUGAGACCAUCGACUCCCAGCAGGUGUUUGGACAGCACCCGUGUCCUCUCAGCCAGCCCGUGCUGCUGUCACUCAUCCAGCAGCUCUCCUCCAACCUCACCACCCGCUCUGAGCUCAAAAUCAGCUACCUGGAGGACGCAGUGAUGAACCUGGACCACGGCGACCCGCUGACCAGAGACCACAUGUCCUCGGUGUUGGCCCAGGUCAGACCCAAGCUCUUCGCCUUCCUGCAGCAGGACCCCCACAGCCCGCUCAGCAAGAGGGCGCGGCGCCUGAUGAUGAUGCUGCAGGGUCUCGUCAGCCACUAGUCCUCCAUUCAGAGAGAGUCGUGUCCUGGUAGAUAAAGAUCAUGCAUCCAUUUUUUGUGAGUCUGCUAUGUUUUAGAGGAGAAAGCAACAACUUCACCCCACUCUGAGCAGUGUGUCGGAGCGGAGGACAGGACAGGAAGUGGACGAAGUGACUCAGUCUGACACCUCCUCCACCCAACACCCCAUGAAUCCAUCUCUUUCUGCCGCGUCCCAUUAGUCCCCACCCCUCCCUCUGCUCCACCUGCACCAGUGAAGUGUCAAGUUAGGAAAUAGAAGCUGCUUUUGUUUGUUUUUUUGUUUGUUUUUUUUGGACAUGCGUUCAAUGCAAGACAAUAAUGGCUCGGACAGUUCACCGUAGAUUCUCCAGACCUUUUGUUACUGCUGCUUCUUUUUCCCCCCAGGAGACAUUCUGGUUGUCUCUCAUCCUUUCAUCCCCAUCACGAAACAAAAAGACUGUCUCAGAGACGACAGCUUAGACAGCCUGAAAAUUUCUGGUCAUCCCCGUCUCCCAGACACAUCACAGCCAGCACUGCUUUGAUGCCACUUCAUCCAAAUGUGCAUAAGACUCAAAGAAUGUUCAGCUGACUGGUCCACAAGACCAAACAUGGCUGUUUUUUUUCUUUUUUUUGUUCUCCUGUGUUCCUCUGACAUGUUUAGAUUUGGGAUACUGAACAAGCAUUGAUGCAGGGGCGACUUCUGAGCAACAGAAGGAACAAAAGUAUGCUAAAAGAAAGAAGAUAUGUCACCUUGUAUGUUAGCCUGAAGAGCAAACAGCAGGCUUGGACAACUUUUUUUUUUUUUUUUCUCCGUACCCACCAGGAUCCUCACUAGGGCCAACUUGGAAUUCAGUUGCUGCAGGAUUAGGCUGUCCUCAUUUCAUUUUUUUUUUUUUUUUUUUUUCCAACCAUACAAGCUAAUCCCAGCAACCAAAAGUAUGUAACAUUCAAAGCCAUUUCAUAUUGCCGGCAUAUUUCCUUUCAGAUAUUUCUUAAUAGGUUGGAGACGACAACCUUGCCAGGCCAAAAUCUGUUUCUGAAGAGGAUCAACAUGCUGAAUUGUUUGAGUGGGUUAAUUGAAUUUGUCCCUGUGUUGGCUGUAAAGCAUAUCUCAUAUUUUUUUUCCCCAUCUGGCCUUGUUUUCACAAAUAAUUCUAAUAAGGGGCUCCGAAGGAUACAUCUUACAAAAUAAGAUUAAAAGGAUGAGACAUAGCUUUUUUGGGGGGAAUUUAAGAAAUAUUUGUAAAGGUCCUCCAGGCUGAAAACAACCCCCCCCCCCCCCCCACCCCUUUAAAGUCUGAAAUGUUUGGAGCCCAACAUUUAGUUCGGCAGCCGUCCACGUGUACAGCUCUGUCCUGUAAAUUGUUUUUCUUCUGUACGUCUGUCCCUUUUUUAUAUAAACAUUUAGCAUUUGUAAGACUUGUAUACUUGCUUUAAGAGUUGUCAGACUAGUUAUAAUACAUAAUUAAACACUUCCUAAACAUAAUUGUUACUGAUGAUGUUAUUUUAUCAGGCUAUUCCAAAUGUUUGUAAAGUUACCAUGCAGUUGCUUCUCAUAGGCUCUAGGAGGCAGCACUUAGUUGGACUGCACAUGUUCACCCUUCUUUGUCAUUUAGGUUUUGGAUUCAGAAAUCAUUCCUGCUCUUACAGUAACAUUGAAAAAGCCUGUUUGUUCAUCAUUAAAGUGUGUAUGAUACUUUGUGUACAGCCCAUUUACACACAUCUUUGUUUAAUAGCAGGGUGGCCACACUGUUUUACUGAUUGUAAAAUAAAAGUUCUGUUAAUUUCACCUCUGUGUUUAGAUUCUGUUGAGUUGGAUUUGUCUAGCAAGUGCCUUACUGUAUUCAACAUGUUUUCAACAUUUGAUCCCAUUUGGGCCUUUAGACAACUUGUAAUGUUUGAGCAUUAACCCACACACACAUGUUCCCUUUUACUUUGAAAAGCAUUUAAGAUGUUGGAUGUGAAGUAAGGCUCAAACGGCACAGUAGGGGAGAAUCUAUGUUUUGUUUGCAAACAUUUGACUACCAAGAUAUCUGAUUUGGACUGAUGUUUGAAUGAUCAUGCGACAGAGAGACAGAGGUACUAUUUUGACUACUACUGCCUUCAGUGAGACACCUGGUUUGUUGUCCUCGGAGUAGAGACGUGUUGUCUCCUGCUUUUCCCUGACAGGGAGCUGUUUGUGACAAACAACUGAGGCUAGUGUGUUCGUUAUAUUUUUCUCUUUCCAUUCUGUUCAUUUCCCUCUGCUUGGAUGAUUACGUUGUAUGUUUUACAGUUUAUUUUACCCAGAACAUUUUGGAAUAAAAAAAGACUUGUUCACCUUA